GAGCCGUGGCGGAGCGGCCAUCGCUCGGCACCGCCUGGCUCGGCCCGGUCCGGCCCGGGGCAGCGCGAGCGGAGCGGUGCGGGGGCAGCAGCGGGGGGUGCCCCGGGGCCGGGCUGUCCCCGCGCGGGGCCGUGCCGCGGUGGGCAGCCCCCGGUCCCCCCGUGUCGGGGAGCCGGCCCGGACCCCCGGGCAGCGAUGGCCGCUCGCAUCCUGCACCGGCUGCGGCACGCGCUGGCCGGAGAGGGCGGCCGGGAGGAGCCGGCGGGAGGCGGCGGCGAGACUGAGGACUGCCCGGAGAGCUCGGAGCUGGAGGACGACACCGAGGGGCUGUCGACGCGCCUCAGCGGCACCCUGAGCUUCACCAGCCACGAGGACGAGGAGGAGGACGAGGAGGAGGAGGAGGAGGAGGACGGAGCUAGCGAGGAGCUGGAGGAGCCGCCGCAGGCGCAGGGAGCGGCAGCAGGCACAGAGGACGGAGAGUGGGGCCCCGCGGCGGAGCGCCCCGGCGGCAGCCUGCUGACCCGGCAGCUGCAGGAGCUGUGGCGGAGGUCGCGGGGCAGCCUGGUACCGCAGCGGCUGCUCUUCGAGGUCACCAGCGCCAGCGUGGUCAGCGAGCGCUCCUCCAAGUACGUGCUCUACACCAUCUACCUGAUCCGCACCGGCCAGUUUGACAAGGCUCCUGCCACCAUCGCCCGGCGCUACUCAGACUUCGAGCAGCUGAACCGCCGCCUGCGCUGCCGCUUCGGCUGUGACAUGGCCGGCGUUGCCUUCCCCAGGAAGAGGCUGCGCCGGAACUUCACCGCUGAGACCAUUGCCAAGCGGAGCCGAGCCUUCGAGCAGUUCCUGUCCCAUUUGCACUCCAUUGACGAGAUCCGCCGCUCCCCGGAGUUCCUCGAGUUCUUCUUCCUGCCGGACCUGCGGGCCGCACAGCGCCUCACCUGCACCGGCAUGUACCGCGAGGCCCUGGCCACCUGGGCCAAUGCCUACCGGCUGCAGGACCGGCUGGGGGUCUGCAGCUCCGGCCGCUUCCUCCUGACGUUGGCCGGGCUGGCCGUGUGCCACCAGGAGCUGGACCAGCUCGGCGAGGCCCACAGCUGCUGUGAGCAGGCACUGCAGCUGCUGGAGGCCCAGGGCAGCCACCCGCUGCUGGGGCCCUUCCUGCAGGCCCACAUCCACCUGGCCUGGAAGGUGGGCAAGGACAAGCGGCGCUCGGAGGCCCGGCUGCAGGACCUGCGGGAGGCUGGGCUGCCCCUGCAGCAGCAGCCCUCCCUGAAGGAGUGCCUGAUCAAGGAGCCUCUGGAGUGAAGCAGCCUGUGCCUCCAUGGGCAGGAGGGCAGGGGCUGCAGGGGACUCGCAGCCAUGGUGGCGGGGAGCAGGGCGCUGCCGUGAAUGGGGAUGUGGCAGGGGGGCAGUGCCACACUCCCAUGGCAGCAUGGCCCGUGCCUGGAGCUGCCUCCUAAAUGCACUUUCUCUGUGGUUAGUCUGUCCGGUGGGACUGGGGGCUCACAGGGGUUCACGGAGGUCCACCACCCACAGUGACAUUGCUGGAGCCACUCCCCCUCUGUGGGGGAUCCUGGAGUGGCUGGGACUUUAGCUGGGACAUACUGGCACCGCACAAGGGAACGGGAAGGCUUCUGGCAGGGUUUGGGGCUCUUGCCGGGAACUUCCCAUAAAACUUAUAUAAUAAAAAGGACUUUAUUAAAUAAAGUCUUGGCAGGAAGAAGACCAAA